AUGGCCUCUUCGACUACCUCCUUAUCCCCAUCCAGUGCGAGUCUACUCUCCCUCCUGAGAAAUAAGAAAUUCGACACUUCAAAGGCAUACAUCGACGAACGAACUUUUGACUUUGACGAAGCCACCAUUGGCGCCGUUAGUCGAGCUAGUACAUCCUUUCAAAAAGGAUCUAGUGAGGCCAAAUUAUUGGGUAAUAUCGCUAGACAACAUUCUUCGAUCUUUACUUUACCGGACCAAGACCUGUACGAUUUGAGAGGGAGCAUCACUACGGCCACAGCCGAAUCGAAAGUCCAGCCUUCAUCUAGAACUGCAAGUAUCGUUCCGUCCAAGGAGGAUUUCCAAGCUGUUAUAAAGUGUAUUGAUGCUUUGCUCUCUGGUUCUGUUGGUGGAGAUCACAAUUUGAGAAUUAAUGAUGUUCCGACUACGGUGGGACCGACAUUCUGA